CAUAUUAAUUUUUAAUGUGGAAAUUACUGUUGGUUGCCUUAAGUAUUGCAUAAUUCAGAGCCCAAGAAGAUGAAUUGAGCGAAGAAGACUCAGAAGCUUAAUUCUAAUAAUAGGAUUGUAUGAAUAAAUCAUCAAUUGAUAGAAUAACAAAAUUAUUAUUAGCAAUAACAAUACGGGUGUAUUAUUUUGACAAAAUACCACCUUCAAGAAAGAAGUCAAGAAUUGAUGUCCUUGUUCAAAUAGAUUACUAAUGAAUAAGACAAAAGAAAUGCAUAUGAAAAAUUAUAAGCUUAAUUAGUGAUGUAGUGCAUCCAAAAAAUCUAAUACUAACAAUUGGCUGAUCUAUUUAAUUAGUUGAGACAAUAAACAUUUAAAUAUUAGGAUUUCUAGGAUGUUUUCAUGAUGACUGAUUUGAGUUUGGAGGAUGAUUUCACUUUGACAGAUUAAGAAAAGAUAUUAUCAAUUGAGAUAGAGGUAUUCAUUAUAAUUACUCUAGAAAUUCGAUAAAAACAUGCAAGAAUAAUAAAAAAAAUAUAAAUAAGAAUAAGGCUAUGACGAUGAUGAUGAUGAAGAGGUGGAUCCAAGAAGAAGACAAUAACCAUAAGGCUAUAAACUAUUUGGAGUUGAUUUGGCUAAGUUAUCAAGUACCACUCAGGCUAUUAUCUUUGUUGGUUUGAUUUCACUCUUCAGUGUUAUUUUAUUUUUAGGUCUACUUUAUUAUUUAUUUAAUAGGCUUGAGAUUUGUGUAAUAGCAUACCUAAGGGCCAGUGAAGAGAGUGAAAAAAGAUAAAAAGGUAAAAUAAAAAUGAGGAUAUAAUUAUCAAAAUUUAUUAUAAUC